AUUGUCUUUGUGUUUUAAGAACCUUUUUGUUUGGCCCUCGUGCCUGUUUAUUUUGUGUUUUCUAUUUAAUAAAAGUAUUGUGUUUGAACUGCAGUCUGUCUCUGGGCCUCAUCCCUUGCGCCAUCCUGUCACGUGGGGUGUGUGAGAAGUGGGAUAUAGCACCUCCAGGAUGUUCAGAGCAGUAUUGCAGGUUUUUUUUUCUUUCUGAAUAGCAAAUUUUUUUGUGAGCUUUUUUUUUUUUUUGGAAAAAAAAGGAUGGGAGGAAAAAGGAGGAAGAGCUGCAAGAGGCAGCAGCAACAGCUGCAACUGGGGGACAUCAGCCUGAUCUACGUAGUAGAUGAGUGGUGCCCGGGUUGUGGGGAGUUUGGGCACACAGUGGCCAUCUGCCCCACCCAAACAGAGGAGGAACAGCCUGUGUGCUCAGCGGUCAGCCCUUUGACACUGCCAAAGUGAAGAUGCAAACAUUCCCAACCAUGUACAAAGGCUUUGUGAAUUGUUUUAUAAGCACAUACAAGCAGGUCGGUUUCCGAGGACUCUACCACGGUACUACCCCGGCUCUCAUGGCUAACAUUGCAGAGAAUUCUGUUCUCUUCAUGUGUUACGGCUUUUGUCAGCAGGUAGUUAGGAAUCUGUCAGGAAUAGACAGCAAGACAAAACUCAGCGAUGUGGAAAAUGCUCUAGCUGGCUCGUUUGCCUCAGUAUUCUCCUCUCUGGUCCUGUGCCCAACGGAGCUGGUGAAAUGUCGACUCCAGGCCAUGCAUGAAAUGGAGGUGUCGGGCAAGAUAGCAAAAGGGCAAAACACGGUGUGGUCAGUGGUUAAAGGAGUCCUGCGCUCCAACGGUCCUCUGGGGAUGUACCAGGGUCUCACCAGUACUCUGGUCAGGGAAGUACCCGGAUACUUUUUCUUUUUUGGGGGCUAUGAAUUCAGCCGCAGUGUAUUCACUUCAGGAGGCAAAUCCAAGGAUGACUUGGGUGUCCUUCCUGUGGUAUUCAGUGGUGGGUUUGGAGGGGCUUGUCUCUGGCUCUCUGUGUAUCCGAUCGACUGUGUCAAAUCCAGAAUCCAGGUCCUCUCCAUGGCAGGGAAGCAGGCCGGCUUCCUCAAAACCUUCACCAGUAUCGUUAAAUACGAAGGAAUACCAGCCCUGUACUCCGGCCUGACUCCAACAAUGAUCCGCACCUUCCCAGCCAAUGGUGCACUGUUCCUGACCUAUGAGCUCAGCAGGAAGAUGAUGAUGAAGCAGUUUGACACUUGAGCUAUGUGCCGUCUACCUCGCCUUCUGUUUGGAGAAAGACUGAUUGCUUUAAAGACUUUUUUUAUAUGGGGUUCAUACAAGCCGUCUACUAUUAUUAUUAUUAUUUAUUUCUUAGCAGACGCCCUUAUCCAGGGCGACUUACAAUCGCAAGCAAAUACAAAUACAUUCAAGUGUUUACAAUAUAAGUCAUACUAGGUGGUGAUACACAGCACUAGGGUCCGUCAGACAUGUUUUUAUCAUUUAAUUGUACAUUAAAGGCCACCUCUUUAACUCAGUCCGGAAGUGCUCGCUUUGAUUCAGAAAUAGAGCUAGUCAAGGCUAUGGACCUUGAUGUUUCUACCCCAGUGUCGAAACAUAAUCUAAAUCAACAUUUAUUGCAUGCCACUCGGAGGAAUAAUAUUGAAAUUAAAGGGUGCUAAUACUUACAGUAUUAGUAAACUAAUACUGUAAGUAAACUAGAUGUGAAACCUAAUGAACUAGAAUUACUUCUCCAAAAGGGACAUCACAUUUUACUGUCCAUGCAGUACAUUAGUACAAUGUUGUAGUAUUGACUUAUCUGUUGUUGAUCUGUUUAAUGGACAGCUCGCACAAAUGUUUUUCAUAUUCUGCCAAGAACUCCUUUUCUCUUCUUUAAAAGCCUUUAAUACUUGAAACGGUACUUUAUGUUAAGUAUAAUUUCUAUAAAAUUCAGAAACCAUUUUUUUUUUGUGGUUUCUGAAAGUGUUUUUUUCUAAAUGACUUUUAAAAAUGUAUUUAUUGGUUUAGUUGCUAGUACUGGUCUAACAUGCAUCUACAGUAUGAUUAACAGUUCCAAUAAUGUGUAACUUGCGGUGUUGUAACAUCAAGCAUAUUGCAGCAUUAAUAGCAAUGUUUCUCAGCAGUGAGUAACGAGAAGAGAGGAAAUAUUUUAGUGUAUUUUUUAAGUUAAUGCAGAAGACUUCUUGAUCCUUGUUUUAAUAAGAAAAAAACACUUUUUAAUAAUGUUUUCUUAAUUUGUCUCUUCCCACCAAAACUGUUUCUUAUUAAAGACUAAACACCAUUGCCAAAAAAAGGAAAUAUAAUUUCAAACUGCAUUAUCUUUCAAAGCUAAAACUGCAAUAUGAAAAAAAAAUAGCAUGAAAUAUAACACUAGACUCUCUCCGAGUCAAGACCUAUACUGUAUACAGUAGUAACUUGGUUAGAAGGGUUGUAAAAAGACAAUCUGGAGGAACGUGUGAGGGGAUGGAGAUUUACUUUACUAAAAUAAUGACAGUGAUCUGCUGGAGAGAAAGUGAGGAACAGGAUGGAGCAGAAAAUGCAGUUACAUUUCUCCAAUGUUGGCAAAAGUUACAGGGACUAAAUUAUUUAAACGUGACACCUGAGUUGUUUGGAAUCUCUUUAGAAAGCAUUUUAUUUUAGGGGGAUAUCGAAGAUCACAUGGGCGCUACAGUAAGAGAAGUGAUGGAGGUGGUGGGGAGCAUAACAAUCUCAGGAGGGCAAGAUUCCUGCUCCUUGUAAAUUAUAUAUUGUUCAUGUCUGUCCGGUCAGGAAUUACAACGUUAAACUCUUUGUUACCAGUAUUGCUGCUUCUAUUGAUGUGACUAUGAUGUUGACAGAAAACCAGAUGCUCAUCAAUAGAAAGGGUAAAAAAACAUUUUGUUUUGAACAAUGUUUCCAUAUUCUUCGACCAUGGUGUGUUUACUGCCUUUAUAGAUGAGCUUCAGUACAUGUCCACCUACUUGCAACCUGUUAACACUGGUCUUAAGUAUACAUCUCAUAGUGUGUUGAAUACUCAUGUUCUUAAGUUAAAAUACAGUUAACUAUUAAAAAGUCUGUUUUGGCGAGUUUGA